AUGCGCUAUAUCCAACAGUACUUUGUGCAGAGAUCAAAGUCACUGGUGGAUUCUUUGUCUACCCUUGCCCUUGAGCCAAUUAACUCUGUUUGGCCCUGCCCCGGAGCCCGAGCCGGACCGCGGCUAGCGUCCUUUUUCUGCCAAUCCAAUGUCGUCAUCUCCGCACAACGCACUUUUGGGGAGAGCACACGAGCACGACAAUUCACACCCUCCCCCAACGUUGCACAUGGAGCCAAAAGAGGGAAAAGAUCAGACGCAAUCGAUUGUUCUGUAAAGCGGACGGCAUUCGAGUGCGCACUACGCAAAAACACGCACAUGCGAACAAUCUCCAGGCCGUCACGUUCAUCCGACAAACCGGCCAUGGGGAGGAGCCUCGGUACUGUAGUAGAGACGGUUUUUCUUUACCUUUGCCACGCUACGCUACAUACUAUUCCUGGACAAGGACCACGUAUCGCUCAGCGCCUGAGUGCCCGGGACUUCAAAGGUCGCCUGCUCCGGACUACUACUUCUGAAAUACAUUUACACGUCUCUGUCACCAAGGCCAAUAUCCACCCAGCCGCCAACAUGACAUGGCUGAGGCGCAUCAAUCCCACGCCCGCAUUCCCGGCGCAUACAGGGCCUUACAAAGUCGGCUCCGUAGACGUAGAGAUUCCCACAAGUGGAUUGGAGAGUCCGACAGGCGAUGCACCCCCGGCGCAUCUGCCCACAGUGGCCUUCCGCAUGUUCUACCCAUGCAAACAGGACAGCGACCAGAAUGCUGUCAAGUGGAUUCCAAGUCCACAGCGUGACAUGAUUGCGGCGUAUGCCAAGUUCUUGGGCGCCAACAGCAUAUUUGCUGGAGUGUUUGCAUUGAUCCCCCAACUACUCUAUUUCAUCACCAUGCCCGUACAUCAGAACGCUGAUAUCCUCCAAUCCCCGAGCAAAUCCAAACAGUGGCCCGUCAUGGUCUUCUCACAUGGCCUCGGUGGCUCAAGAAACGCUUAUUCACACAUUUGCGGCUCGCUCGCAAGUCACGGAAUCGUUGUUGUAGCGGCCGACCAUCGUGAUGGAAGUGCGCCAUUGUCGGUACACCAGACACCAGACCAAAAAGAGAAGACUAAGCGCGUCGAGUACCGGUCAAUUGCUCACAAGCCAAGCACCGAAACUUACGAGGCGAGAGACGAACAGUUGCGCAUACGACUGUGGGAAGUAGCCACAAUUCACGAUGCGCUCAUCAAGAUUGACCAAGGAGAGAAGCUCAAGAAUGUUGCACUCGACCAGCCCAAGCAUGCAGAGAAAGAUCUCCUCACCAUGUUCCAGAAUACUCUCAAAGUUCACGAGCCAGGCGCUAUAAGCUUUGCGGGCCACUCCUUUGGCGCAUGCACCAUGGUUCAGUUUGUGAAAUCCAUCUACCAUCGACCCUCCACCCAAAUCCCAUACUAUAAGCCUCUCUUCACUCCGUCCUCCGGCUCAGCCCUUGUCCGCCAAAUCACCCCAUCGACACCAGUAGUACUCCUCGACCUUUGGACCCUGCCGAUACAAAGUCCCUUUACGGCCUGGCUCAGCUCCCAGCCAAUGCCCUGUUAUGAUUCCCUGACCGGAGGCCGCAACCUCCUCGUCAUUGCCUCGGAGGGCUUCUACAAGUGGUCCGCAAACUUUCGCGAAACAAAACGCAUCAUCGCCCCUCCCUCCCCUUCAAAAUCCAAGUUCCAAAAUCAACCAGGACCGCACAUCUUCUACCCGAUCUCCUCUGCGCAUCUUUCCCAGAGCGAUUUCGGCGUCCUGUUUCCUUGGAUCACGACUAAGGCGUUUGGUGCCAAGGAGCCAGAACGUGUGUUGAGACUCAACACUAGGGCCAUUCUACAGGUGCUCAGAGAGAGUGGCGUAGAGGUUGCUAAUACAAGCGCCGCGGACCUUGAAAUCGAAGGGGAGGAUGCGAUGCUGGCGCAAGAUACCGCAAUUCUGAGUACAAAGAAGGACAGUGUGAGGGGAUGGGUAAAUUUAAGCACAGAGGUGGAGGAGGGAGAUGAUAGGCAGGCGGACAGGAGGGUUGGGGAGGACGGGAAGGGGCCCGAGGAGGCUAUGGUUGAGGGAGAAGCUUUGGGGCAGGUUGUUGAGGGCAAUGGAAAUUGA